AUGGUCGAAAAGCCCCCUUUUCCCAGUCCUCUGCUCCAAGUCUCCUGCUCCCAGCCCCCUGUUCCCAGCCCCCUGCUCCCACCCAACUGCUCCCAGUCCUCUGCUCCCAGUUACCUGCUCCGACCCCACUGCUCCCAGCCACCUUCACCCAGCCCCCCUGUUCCCACCACCCUGUUCCGAGUCUCCUGCACCCAGCCCCCUGUUCCCACUCACAUAUUUCCAGUCCCAUGCUCCCAAUCCCCUGUUCCCAACCCACUGUUCUCAGCCCCCCUGUUCCCACCACCUUGUUCAGAGUCUCCUGCUCCCAAACCCCCUGUUCCCAACCCACUGUUCUCAGCCCCCUUUUCCAACUACCCUGUCCCCAGACUCCUGCACCCAGGCCCCUGUUCCCAGUCCCUUGUUCCCACCUUCCCUUUUCGAGUCUCCUGCUCCCGGUCCCAAGUCCCCCCCCCCCCCCCCCCCCCCCCCCCUCUCUCGGUCCCAAGCUCUCAUCCCCAUGCUUUCUGUUCAAAGCUCUCAUACCCAUGCUCCAGGUCCCAAGCUCUCAUCCCCCAUGCUCCCGGUCCCAAGCUCUCAUCCCCAUGCUCUCGGACCCAAGCUCUCAUCCCCAUGCUUUCUGUCCAAAGCUCUCAUCCCCAUGCUCUCGGUCCCAAGCUCUCAUCCCCAUACUCUCAGUCCCAAGAUCUCAUCCCGAUGCUCUCGGUCCCAAGCUCUCAUCCCCAUGCUCCCGGUCCCAAGCUCUCAUCCCCAUGUUCUCAGUCCCAAGCUCUCAUCCCCAUUCUCCCGGUCCCAAGCUCUCAUCCCCAUGUUCUCGGUGCCAAGCUCUCAUCCCAUGCUCCCAGCCGCCAGCUCUCAUCCCGAUGCUCUCGGUCCCAAGCUCUCAUCCCAAUGCUCCCGGUCCCAAGCUCUCAUCCCCAUGUUCUCGGUGUCAAGCUCUCAUCCCAUGCUCCCAGCCGCCAGCUCUCAUCCCGAUGCUCUCGGUCCCAAGCUCUCAUCCCCAUGCAUUCGGUCCCACGCUCUGAUCCCUAUGCUCCCAGUCCCCUGCUCCAACCCCCUCUCUCUCGACCCCAUGCUCUCAUCACCCAGCCCCCUGUUCCCACUCACCUAUUUCCAGUCCCCUGUUCCCAUCGCCCUGUCCCCAGUCUCCUGCACCCAGGCCCCUGUUCCCAGUCCCUUGUUCCCACCUUCCCUUUUCGAGUCUCCUGCUCCCGGUCCCAAGCUCUCAUCCCCAUGUUCUCGGUGUCAAGCUCUCAUCCCAUGCUCCCGGCCGCAAGCUCUCAUCCCGAUGCUCUGGGUCCCAAGCUCUCAUCCCCAUGUUCUCAGUCCCAAGCUCUCAUCCCCAUUCACCCGGUCCCAAGCUCUCAUCCCAAUGUUCUCGGUGUCAAGCUCUCACCCCAUGCUUCCAGCCGCCAGCUCUCAUCCCCAUGCUCUCGGUCCCAAGCUCUCAUCCCCAUGCUCCCGGUCCCAAGCUCUCAUCCCCAUGCUCCCGGUCCCAAGCUCUAA